GCGACGUCGGCCGUGCGGGGUCCCGGCGUCGGUGGCGCGCGCGCUCCCUCCUCUCGGAGAGAGGGCUGUGGUAAAAGCCGUCCGGAAAAUGGCCGCCGCCGCCGCCGCCGCGCCGAGCGGAGGAGGAGGAGGAGGCGAGGAGGAAAGACUGCUCCAUAAAAAUACAGACUCACCAGUUCCUGCUUUGAUGUGACAUGUGACUCCCCAGAAUACACCUUGCUUCUGUAGACCAGCUCCAACAGGAUUCCAUGGUAGCUGGGAUGUUAGGGCUCAGGGAAGAAAAGUCCGAAGACCAGGAUCUUCAGGGCCUCAAAGAUAAGCCCUUGAAGUUUAAGAAGGUGAAGAAAGACAAGAAAGAAGACAAAGAGAGCAAGCAUGAACCUCUGCAGCCUUCAGCCCACCAUUCCGCAGAGCCAGCAGAGGCAGGCAAAGCAGAGACAUCAGAAAGCUCUGGGUCUGCCCCAGCUGUGCCAGAAGCCUCCGCUUCCCCAAAACAGCGGCGCUCCAUCAUUCGUGACCGGGGACCCAUGUAUGAUGACCCCACCUUGCCUGAAGGUUGGACACGAAAGCUUAAGCAAAGGAAAUCCGGCCGCUCUGCUGGGAAAUAUGAUGUGUAUUUGAUCAAUCCCCAGGGGAAAGCCUUUCGCUCUAAAGUGGAACUGAUUGCAUACUUUGAAAAGGUAGGCGACACUUCCUUGGACCCUAAUGAUUUUGACUUCACGGUAACUGGGAGAGGGAGCCCUUCCCGGAGAGAGCAGAAACCACCUAAGAAGCCCAAAUCUCCCAAAGCUCCAGGAACUGGCAGAGGUCGGGGACGCCCCAAAGGGAGCGGCACUGGGAGACCCAAGGCAGCAGCGUCAGAAGGUGUUCAGGUGAAAAGGGUCCUGGAGAAGAGCCCUGGAAAACUCCUCGUUAAGAUGCCUUUCCAAACAUCACCUGGGGGCAAGAGCGAGGGGGGUGGGGCUACCACUUCUGCCCAGGUCAUGGUGAUCAAACGUCCUGGCAGAAAACGAAAAGCUGAAGCCGACCCCCAGGCCAUUCCUAAGAAACGGGGCAGAAAGCCUGGGAGUGUAGUGGCAGCUGCUACUGCUGAGGCCAAGAAGAAAGCCGUGAAGGAGUCUUCGAUCCGAUCCGUGCAUGAGACAGUGCUCCCCAUCAAGAAGCGCAAGACCCGGGAGACAGUCAGCAUUGAGGUCAAGGAAGUGGUGAAGCCUCUGCUUGUGUCCACCCUCGGUGAGAAGAGCGGGAAGGGACUGAAGACCUGCAAGAGCCCUGGGCGGAAAAGCAAGGAGAGCAGCCCCAAGGGGCGCAGCAGCAGCAGCACCUCCUCACCACCUAAGAAGGAACACCAUCAUCACCACCAUCACUCAGAGUCUCCAAAAGCCCCUAUGCCACUGCUCCUGCCCCCACCCCCACCCCCACCCGAGCCUGAGAGCUCUGAGGACCCCAUCAGCCCCCCUGAGCCCCAGGACUUGAGCAGCAGCAUCUGCAAAGAGGAGAAGAUGCCCCGAGGAGGCUCGCUGGAGAGCGACGGAUGCCCCAAAGAGCCAGCUAAGACUCAGCCCAUGGUCGCGACCGCCGCCACAGCCGCAGAAAAGUACAAACACCGAGGGGAGGGAGAGCGCAAAGACAUUGUUUCAUCCUCCAUGCCAAGGCCAAACAGAGAGGAGCCUGUGGACAGCCGGACGCCCGUGACCGAGAGAGUUAGCUGACUUUACACAGAGCAGAUUGCAAAGCAAACCAACAAGAAUAAAGGCAGCUGUUGUCUCUUCUCCUUAUGGGUAGGGCUCUGACAAAGCUUCCCGAUUAACUGAAAUAAAAAAUAUUUUUUUUUCUUUCAGUAAA